CUCGUGCAAAUCCUCAUAAAACCCUCUUCCCUGCCCAACCUGAUAAAAAGCUCCUCAUUCUCCCAUUCUUCUCUGGGAGAGCCUCCGAAAUUCUUCUAAGCUCUCUUCCCCAACAUAGGCAGCGCCCUCUUUCGCAGAAUACGGCUCAAUGGCAGCUCAGCUAAACCGUGAAUGGACUGGAAUUCAGCAGUUCCCUCCUGCCACUCAGACAAAAUUGCUUGAGCUGUUGGGUAAAUUAUUGCAAGAGAAUGUAAACGCAUUGACGAUUCUUGUAAUGGGAAAAGGCGGUGUUGGGAAAUCUUCAACUGUAAAUUCCAUCUUAGGGGAACGGGCGGCUGCUGUCAGUGCUUUCCAGUCAGAAGUGCUGAGACCCAUGAUUUAUUCCCGCACGCGGUCAGGGUUUACACUAAACAUCAUCGAUACUCCUGGGCUUGUGGAAGGAGGAUAUGUCAAUGAACACGCUCUUGAGAUCAUAAAGCGGUUCCUUUUGAAUAGGACUAUUGAUGUUCUACUAUUCGUGGAUCGGUUAGAUGCAUAUAGGGUGGAUAAUUUGGAUAGGCAGGUCAUUAAAGCUAUCACAGACAGUUUUGGCAAAGGAAUAUGGCAGAGAGGUGUCGUUGUCCUCACUCAUGCUCAACUUUCACCACCGGAUGGAUUAAAUUAUGAUGACUUCUUCACCAAAAGGACAGAAGCACUUCUUAAAGUUGUUCGUUUGGGAGCACGGAUUAAAAAGCAAGAAUUCCAGGAUUCUGCAAUUCCAGUCGUUUUGGUUGAGAACAGUGGAAGAUGCAAGACAAAUGACAGUGGCGAAAAGAUUCUUCCAGACGGCACUGCAUGGAUUCCAAGCCUUUUGAAAACGAUCACAGGCGUUGUGUCCAAUGGCAGCAAAGCAAUCCUUGUUGAUAUGAAGUUAAUUGAAGGGCCCAAUCCAAAUGAGAGGGGAAAGUUCCUCAUACCUUUUAUUCUCGCCUUUCAGUAUUUCUUUAUCGUCAAAAGGAUUCAAGGGGCGAUAAAGGAUGACAUCACCAAGGAAGGUAAACCUCUUUGGGAGCUUCGUGACAUGGGGUUGGCCAAGCGCAAGUUCUGAUGGCCCACAGGAAUUUCUCUUCCUGCCAGUGGUUGUGAGUUUUCAUCCAUCCAUCAUUUAUCAUUCCUUUUUUGCUUUUACUCAUUUUGAAUUAAUUAGUAGGACGGCUCCUCAGGUGGAUGGAUUUUAUGUUAUGAGAAUGAAUCUUGGAUUUUCAGCGCUGUUCAGCGAUGCUCUAGUGUCUUGCUUUUAAUGCCAUGAGGCCCAAGUCUCACCA